UGCGUGCCGCGAAUUACAGUGAGGUUUAUUUUUCCAUGGAGAAGGUGCUGAAGAUUGCCAACAUGUGGUGGCUAUUGUUGUUGAUGCUUGUGCGGACCAUAUCGUGCGCUCAUGGUGCUUGUGAACCCAUUAGGAUUGAAAUGUGCAGGGGAUUGGGGUACAAUGUCACUACUAUGCCCAAUCUUGUUGGGCAUGAGAUACAGGGGGAUGCGGAUUUUACCCUGCAGACCUUCAGUCCGCUUAUUCAAUACGGAUGCAGCGCUCAACUCCACUUGUUCCUCUGCUCCGUGUACGCCCCGAUGUGCACGGAGAAGGUGUCAUCGCCAAUUGGGCCGUGUCGAGGUCUUUGCGAGCAAGUGCGGGCUCGAUGUUACCCGGUUCUCCAGGGAUUUGGAUUUCCCUGGCCGGCGGCCCUCAACUGCUCCAAAUUUCCGCCCAAGAACAAUCACCAGCACAUGUGCAUGGAGGGUCCUGGGGAGCCGGGUCCGGUGAACCCCAUUCAGGCUGUCGGAGCUGGCAACGGCCCCUGGGGCUGCUCCUGGUACGCUAAUUCCGGUAAAUACGUCUUCCUCAAUCGAUCCGGGAGAUGUGCAGCUGCCUGUGAUGCCGAUAUCCUCUGGAGUCAGAGGGAGAAACGACAGUCUGAAGUGUGGAUGGCUGCAUUCACCACUAUUUGUCUCAUAUCCGUUGCUGUGGCGGUUUUUGCUCUAUUGAAACCCAGGAAACAGAGGACCGCGAUGACUAUUGGUGAGAAUGCAAUGGCAUUCUUAACCCUGUGCCACACAGCCGUGUCAAUCGGCUACGUAAUACGUCUGGCAGCAGGUAGAUACGCAGUGGCAUGCACCCCCUCGAUAGCCCUCCACCCUCAGGAUCAGGUGGUGAUAGCUCAACAACAGCAGCAAUACCUCACUCAGGACGGUCUUGCCAAUCCCUACUGUGCCAUUGUCUUCCUUCUCCUGUACUAUUUCGGCAACGCUGCCAGCGCAUGGUGGGUGGUACUCUGCACCUGGUGGUGCAUAGCAGCUCGGCGAUGGAUUCGUUCCUCAGCCACUGCUGCACUGAAAGAGGAAGGCUUUGGGCUUCAACAGGGCUUCUCAACCGUGGGAGCUGUCGUUGCUUGGGGCUUUCCUGCUGCUCACACCAUCGCUGUACUCGUUACGCGCGAUGUUGAUGCUGAUGAACUAACAGGAAGCUGCUUCGUGGGCCAACAAAAUUCCCGUUCCCUCCUGCUCCUGGUGCUCACCCCCCAGUUACUCUACCUAUCAAUCGGUUCAGCAUUCCUCCUCUCAGGACUGGCGAGCCUCCUCCUCCCUCGCCCCCCAGUGAGUCCACCGGCCCCCUCAGCCGUCCACACGAAUCCCCUGAUGAGACAACGAGAGGCGAAAUCCCCGGCGGAGGUGCAUCGCAGGCAGAAGUCCCUCCUCACACGACUCGGAAUAUUCUCCUGCAUCUAUGCAGUCGUGAUGAUGUGCACGACCAGUGUAAUUCUUUACGAAUGGUGGGGACGUGACUCGUGGCUGAGGGCACCAGAGCCCUCCAGCACUCCCCGAAUGCCAUCUCGACCGCAGCUGCAAUUUUUCAUUCUCAAGAUCAUUGUUUCGUUGAGCGGUGGGGCGGCCGCUGCUGCCUGGAUCUGGUGGCCAAGUCUCCUCAGUAUCUGGCGGAAAAUGCCACCCUGGAAGCAACCACCGCACAAAUGCCAUUCCCAUGCUGUACCUGUUAUGCAUUGCUACAGUCCAACAUCAACUAGCUCCGCGAAUCAUCAGAUUCAUCAUUUGAGCCAUCUGGCACCUCCCCAGCAUCAUCUGCUUCAUCAGCAUGCGGUCAGUGUCGGGGGGAUGCCUCACAGGGGGCACAAGAAGUACAGAAAGCACAGGAAAUAUCACAGUGGCAGCGAAACCCAAGUCUGACUCGAUGGGACACGUAUGGACGAGUCGUAGGAGCCAAUCCUCGAUAUCUCGGGAUCCAACGAAGCGAUUUGCAUCUGUCGGUGCUCGUUUUGAAGACUGAAAAAUUAUCUUCAAAAUGAAAAAAAAAUCGGCAAUUUUCACUCUGCCGAUCUCGAGCUAUUGACGAUUGAAAUUGUGCAUUUUAUCUGGGCUCUCAAUUUCAUUAGAAUUUCGAACAUUUUUUGUUUAGAUAUUGACUCAGUUCGAAAAUUUCACUGAAAUUUCAAUGGAAUAUUGUUUGAAAAAUAGACACUUGAGUAGGACUUCUCCAUACGUGUGAGGAUGAAUCUAAAGAAUAUCGACUAUUUAUUUCAAGAAAAGGGAAAACCGUUUUGAUGUUAAACAUCAGGUUCACUAAAUUGUAAAUAAUUAUUAAGACUCCCUUCAUUAUCAUUAUCUGCAUAAGAUGUUGACUGCCUUCACCGUCUACUUAAUUAUUUAAGAGUUAUUCGAGGAUGUACAUACCCAUUUUAUCACUGAGACAAGAAGAAAAAGAUGAUUUAUAGUGCAAAAUGUUUCGUUUUUUGAUGGUUCGAGGGCUGAAAUUGUUCUUUCAAUGUUUUGUUUUUCUGUUGAAUUCCGUAAAUUUUGUUCUUUGUGAGACUCUAUUGACGAUAGAGGUAAUUAUAGUUCCAUAAGUACUUGAAAACUGCCGAGAAUUUAAUUUAGUUAUUACUGUAAUUAAUAACAACGUGCAGGCAGUUCCAGGAAAGAACGUCUUUGUGAUAAAAAUCUCAUUUACUGUAGACCAUAACUGCUAGAUACGCAUUAAUGAUUUUAAAUCAUUCACUGAUUAUAAA